AUGAAGUCAAAAGUGAUAGUUUUAGUUAUACUUUCAAUUAUUCCAUGGCCUGGACAAACAGUUUUCAAAAUAUCAUGUCCAAGAGAUAGUGCUUCAGUUGUAAGGAAAUUAAUACAGAGGAAAUGGAUUCCCAUAUUAGAAAAAUAUCAAGUGAAAAUUCCUGUUGAGUGUCCAUUUCAUCCCAUAAGAGAUAUAUUUGGACCUCAACAAGCAGCCAAACAUCAAUUUCGUUCUUCGCAAUGGAGUUGCGGGUUUUGCGGAAAAUCAUUCUACGAAGAAAGAUAUUUAGAACUUCAUUUCGAUAACAUACAUAAAAAUCAAAUAAAUGUGGCUGAAGAUGCAGUUUGUUUGGCAGAUUAUUGCGACAUAAUGCGUUGUGAAGUAUUAGUAACUCAGGAAAUAAAGAACAAACAUUUAAACGGAAAAGGUCAAAUGAAUACGGAUAUAGAAAUAUGGAGAGAAGCAACAGUUUAUAAGACAGCAUUGACAUUAUCCAGUCCACGGGAAUUAGUUAGAGUAACGCCAAAAGAUGAUAAAACACAGGGGAAAAAAUUCAAAUCGACAACAUUUUCAUCGCCGCCGCCGCCAUCAUCAUCAUCAUCAUCAUCAUCUUCGGCCGAUACGAGAUGUUCAAAAGUUACGGAAAAAAAAGGAAAGUCUGAUAGCGAUAAGAAUAAUAAUUCUCCAGAUACUGGAGAUGGAGAUAUGAAUAAUACAAAAGAUACAUGCGAUAAUAAUAACAACCUCGUCGAUUCUGCACUACCUCCAUCGGAUAAAAAAGGAAAAAUUCAAGAAUUUCAAAAACUCAAAACAAAUUGCCAACCGGAAGAAUUAUUAAAAUUAAAACAAAGAUGCGAAGUUCUUGUACAAGACUGCAUUGCGGGACUUUUAACCAAUUUAUCAAUGGAAGAAUACAAAGAUGUCGAAGAAGAAUUAAAUAAAGCCGUCUGCUGGUAUUUAACAUGCGAACGUUAUUGGGAAGAUUCAUUUGAAGAAAUUCGUCCCUUUCCAUGGGGUCUUGUUUUUGUUUUCAUUAUGGUUCUUUCAUUAGGAAUAUGUUUAGUGUAUUAUAUAAUAUGGGUAUUAUUCGAUGGUAAAGAUGGAAGCAUUUCGAGUCAAGGGGUGAGUGGGAAAACAACCCCAUCACAUUAUAUAAAUUCAAGAACUUUAUCCCCUUAUUCGGAAGAAUAUUUUCCCUCGCCCGAUAUGGGAGAUUUAGCACAGAACGAACGUUAUAUAUAUGUAACAUAUCCGCCGGAACUUAAAAGGAGACUUUUAGAAAGGUAA